AUGUAUACAAGGAUAUCAAAAUUUCUUUGCUUUUUUUAUCAUCACAUUUAUAGACGCGAUUAUUCCACAUUCACAAAAAUGAUGCAAUCUUCAAGCAAAAAAAUAUACAAAAUACAAGAUUUGAAAGCAUUGCACUGUGCAGUUGAAUAUAUCUUGGAUGGAGAUAUUAUUGCCUUGCCCACAGAUACUGUAUAUGGACUAGCAUGUAAUGCGAAUAAUGAAGAAGCCAUUAAAAGAUUGUACGACAUAAAAGGGCGGAAUUUUUACAAACCAGUGGCUAUAUGUGUAAAAAACCUUGAAGCCUUUCGACAGUACGGAAUUGCAGAUCAUUUAGAUGACUCAUUACUACAGCGUUUGCUUCCGGGCCCAAUAACUAUAAUUAUCGAACGUUCAAAACAUCUUACUAAUCGUUUUUUAAAUCCCAACACUUCAAAAAUCGGUAUACGCAUUCCGAACUUUACUUUUAUACAAGAUUUAUGUUCAUUAUUUGAUCAAGAACCACUUGCUUUAACUAGUGCAAACCGGUCAGCCGAACGUAGUAGUCUAAAUAUAAAUGAAUUUGAAUCUUUGUGGCCUAAACUUGGUGGAAUUUUUAACGCAGGACCGAUAGGUUUAACCGAAGACCGACGUUCUGGAUCUACUGUAAUUGAUUUAUCUCAACCUGGUGCAUAUAAAAUAAUAAGAGAAGGCGUAGCUCUUAAAAGUACUAUAGAUGUGUUACAUGAGUUCAACAUAAAAUCAAUUAAUAACGUUAAAUAAAAUAUAUUGUAAAAAUACAAAGUUGGAAAAUUGGCAAGGCUUUAAAUUUUUUUUUAAUAAUAAUUGUACAUAUUACUAAUUAUAAAACCUCAAA